GUGAGGAGUCUGUUGAACUUGACGCUGGUGACAGAAGGUGGGCAGAGCUGAAACUGUGACAAAGUGAAAUCCAUCAGAGUCAGCGGCUUUUUCACAGAAAAUGAGAGGAAAUGAGUUCUGCCGAGGAGCUGUAGCUUACUCUGAAAACCCCACAGAAGCUGAUUUGAUAUUUCCUCAGGUUAUUAAAUUAUGUGAUGUUCAUGAUUAUGAGUUAAUUGAAGGAGAAAGGACGAGGAUGGAGAAGAGACCCAAAGAAGUCCACAUCAGGAGGUAUUCUAAGUAUUGAUGGACUUAAUGAACUUCUUCUACCAUGCAUAAAAGAUGGAUCCGUCGGAGGCUGCCUGUAGUCAUCAUCACCUUCUUCAUCAUCCUCUACGUGGAUUUCCAAUUACGCACAAACAGCCUCCCCAAAAUCAGCGUGGCGCACCCUCCGUCCCCUGGCGCGCUCCACCGCUCCAUCCAGCAGGCUCAGUCCCCGGCCAAAGACGCACCGAGCCCGGCUCCAAACAGCAGCAGUGACAGGGGGGUGCACCCUGCCUCUGAUGGCGCACAUGUCACCCAGCAGAAACUGAAGUUAGAGGACAUCUUCAUAGCUGUGAAGACCACUGGGAGGUUUCACCAGACGCGUCUGGCGCUGCUGUUGGAGACGUGGAUCUCCAGGACGAAGGCGCAUACCUUCGUUUUCACGGACACGGAGGAUGAGGACUUGCGUUCAGAAGGCUAUAACAUGGAGGUAACAGGCUGCCAGUCAGACCACAGCCAGCAGGCUCUGUCCUGCAAGAUGUCUGCGGAGUACGACGGCUUCAUGGCCUCAGACAAAAGGUGGUUUUGUCACGUGGACGAUGAUAACUACGUGAACCCGGAGGCCCUGCUGUCCCUGCUCUCUGCUUUCCCCCAGGACGGUGACAUCUAUGUGGGCAAACCAAGCCUGGACAAGCCCAUCACUGCUCACGAGCUGCUGGAGGGAAAUGCAACGAGAGAAGUGCAGUUCUGGUUUGCCACAGGAGGAGCAGGAUUCUGUCUGAGCCGACGGCUGGCGCAGAAAAUGGCUCCAUGGGCCAGUGGCUCACGCUUCGAGCAGACGUCUGCAAAGAUCCGACUCCCUGACGACUGCACGGUGGGCUUCAUCGUGGGGAAGAGGCUGGGCAUCUCCAUGGUCCACUGUCCAUUAUUCCACUCACACCUGGAGAACCUGCUGCUCAUCAGCCACAGGAGCAUACCACAGCAGGUGACUCUGAGCUACGGCAUAUUUGAGAACAAGAUGAACAGCAUCGAGGUGAAAGGAAGCUUCUCUAAAGAGGAAGACCCCUCCAGGUUCAAGACUGUACACUGCAUGCUGUAUCCUUUCACCAGCUGGUGUCCUUGAACUCUUCAUACAGAGGCUGCGACUCCCAAACAACACACGUGUGACUGGACUGGUAAUCCUGCAGGAGGAGGAGUUUUCAUGGGAUAUAAAGUGAAUGCAAAGAUAAACUGAUGGAUUCAUUUCAGACAGCAGGACAGGAGGAUCAGACAUUUAAGCAGGGUUUGCACAAUGGAGGAAGGAACUGGUGCCCAACUCUUAGUUUUUCCAUUGACUGCAUAAAAGCAUGCACGUCAUCUCAGUGACGUCACCCAUCGGUCCCUGAAGAGGCGUCAUCGUAUAAUUUGAGGAGUUGGCAUUCUGUGCUUGAAGUGAAAGACUGCAGGACUAUCCAAAGGAGCUGCAAGAACCCACAACAGAUCCCUCAGGUGAAGUGGGCGACCUCCAAAAGAUGGUGGUCGCCAUAUUGGAAAUCUUCACUUAACAUCCCAUCAGGCUAGAAACGGGCAAAGACUUGAAGCAAACAGCUUCAACACGCCCACUUGUCAGUCAACUCAGCUAAGAUGCUAAACUCUUAGCCUUCAUAUAACAAAAACAAAUUAGGUAUAUAAAAAUAUUAACCCCUCUCACAGUUGUCAACAACAAAAAAAUAAAGGUGUGGGGACCAAAAACUGCUUUUGUAGGAGGCUGUAAACAUGUUUAAUUCUGCUGUAAAUGUUAACAAUUCAAUAUGGACUCUAAUGAGGAGUCCUUGGCUUUUGGACCCGGCCUCAAGUGGACACUCAAGGAACUGCAGCUUUUCGGACCUCAGUGCUUUUUGGUUUUCCCUUCUGAGCCUUACUUCAAAAUAUCAAAUGGACAAUGGAGUCAGGAAAUAGGAUUUUAACAGGACCCUGACUAUGAACUUGAGGCCGGAGAUAUACUUGCUGUUAACUACCAGAUGCAAACGUAUGAUGGAUGCCUCACAACCCCAGCGUUGGUUUGGUGCAAUGGCUGUGCACCUCCUCUAGAAUAGGGAUUCCCAAAGUGAGGGUCGUGAGACACAAAUGGGGGGUCGUGAGAUAUCUUCCAGAAUGUUUUUUUUUUUUAAGUUAUCUAAAAUAAGUACAUUUUACCCAUUAUAGGCAAGGCAAGGCAAGGCAGCUUUAUUUGUAUAGUGCAUUUCAUACACGAGGGCAACUCAAUGUGCUUUACAGUAAAACAUUAAAAGCAUUGGAAACAUUCAGACAGGCAUAAAAGAGCACAAUUAAAAUGACAAAUAUAGAAUGUCUAAAAAAUUAGAAUAUAUUAAAAACUACAUUAAAAUUUGCAUUUAAAGUGAGUUAAAAUAAGCUAAGAUAGGAAGGCAGUGGCAAAUAAAAAAGUCUUAGUCUUUGAUUUUAAAGAGGUGAGAGGUUAUAGAAAAAAACCGACAAAAAUAGUUGAUAGCUAAACUUGAAAUAAAACCUUGAAAAUAGAAAAUGUAAUGAGUUUUCUGCCUUUCUUUGUUGCCACAUGACUCCUACGUUUAAGGUUAGUGAACUGUUAAUUAUCUAAAGCAUCAGUAGCAGCAGGUUGAUUAAUAGAAACACAGGAAACACAGACACAUGCUCAUAUAGGUAGGCCAAUUUUCUGCAGACCAGCUAAAUGAAGCCACAUUAAAUCACUUUGAGGGACAGUGGGGGGUCACAAGACUUUGGCAUCUUUAUUUUGGGGGUUGAGGGCUGAAAAGUUUGGGAACCCCUGCUCUAGAAUUAACCCGUCCCUCCAGGAUUUCGCGGGAUUUUUUUGUGAUUGUUGCGGCCCAACUAGCCUGAAUUUGCGACCGCUUUUUGAAAAAAUUGCGGUGCUUUUUUCCCCCCAAUAACAUCUCAGGGGCAAGUAAAUAUGCUAAAUUACAGUUGUUUUUAGAAAACAUUCUUGAUGUGGCCACUGACUGUAUUUUGAUUCUCUUGAUUCACAGAAAAAUGCCAUGAAAGGACUGUAUUGCACAUUUACGACGGUCCUUGAAUGCACCUCGCAGCGACAGGGGCACUUAACAGGCAGUUCACGCAAUCUGAAAUGAAUCUGCAUCUUUGAUGACUUGGAGUUGAUCAAAACUUACUAAAGGUGUCUAAUGUUUCACCAAACUGGAUUAAAUCAAGCUGUAGAUGCAGAGCUUUUUACGGUAACCACGGCAACAACAUGAAACAUCAAAUAGUAAACAGACGUCCCCCGGGUGUGUCUUUGUCACUAACGCACACCGGGGGGUAAAAAUCAUCAAUGAAGAUGAGACAGAUGCAUGGAGGUGAGGAGAGCUGGUUCAUAAAGCACACCUGCUGCAGGUAGAGACCAAACAAACACUGAGCCCCUCAAUCUAUAAAUAACAACGUUGUCAUGGUCACUUGUCCUGCCUGCUGUCCUCUCUUUUCACCCGUUCUCCGUGCGUGUUUUGUUGUUGAAAAGUGCCGAUCAAGUGAGGACUUACGUUUAUGUUCCUAGGAAGUCAAAUUGAUGACAAAACUGAUGACGUACAGGGGCUGAGGUUAAGGUAAUUGGUCAAAGUUGCGGUGAUUGUAUAAAAUUGCAAUCGCGAAAUCGCAACUUCCUGGAGGGACUGAUUAACGCCAAGGUGCAAUAACAUAAGAGUAACAUCCUGGAGUGUGGACAUGUCUGUUGUCUCCAUCCCUCACAUCCAGUAGUCAUACUCCACCUGAGCUUUAAGGCAUGCCCUCUGGAGGUAUCCUCCAAUAACACACGUAACACACAGUCAAGUAUAUUUACAAUCACGCUCAUGAUGAUGCAGAAAGUAUAUCUCUGUUUUACUCCUCUUCGCCUCUUUGUUGCAUCUUUACUACUGAAUGUUUUGACGUUUUUAUUUGAGAGAACAGAAGCACUUAAGGAAAGACAGCACUUGUAAUUUUCUCUGAAAUGUUGUCGAGUUGUUUUCUCGGCUGAAAUAAAUAUGGAAUUGUUUAUAUUUUAAAA